AUGGCUGUCGAAUCUCGGGCGUUCCAGAGCCUUUCGACCAUCAUCGUAGGUUUGGUGGCCACUUCAAUUCCAGCUGGUCUUGCUCUGGCUGGUGGCUUUCUGUGGACAACACGUGUGGAGUGGGCUUGGACGCUUCUCGGAGCCGUUCUCUUGGACACGUGUGUCUUGCAGUUGAAGGGCCUUCUUCAGCAGCCACGGCCUGUCCAGCAUGCUGCCUACGUGCUGCCGUCUGAGGGCCCCUUUGGCAUGCCGUCGGAGCAUGCUGCGUUCGCAGGCUUUUUGCUUGGGCAGCUGCAUGCCAGAGGCAAACAUGGAAGGCCUGGUGCAGUAAGUCUGCAGCGUAAGUUGUGCCACAUGGCGCCAUGCACUUCAAAGCCACCUUCCAGUGACUAUCGAUGGUGGGGAAACGAUUGCCCCGCGGAGAAGCCUGGGCUCGCAAACUGUGUGACCGUGAUUGCAGAGCACAGCUGCGGGAAGAUUGUAGGAGGCAAGAAUGCUGGCUUGUCAGCUGCACAUGAGAGGCGAGUUUACACGAGGCUCAUCAGCAACCUCGGGAAGCGAGGGCAGCCGGCGCAGGCUGUGCAGGCAUUGAGAGAAAUGCAGCAAAAUGGCAUCAAGCCAGACAAGUCUGUCUACAAUGCACUGGUCGCGGCCUGCAUCAACUGCCAAUGUCGUGAGUCCGCUCUGGACGUAUUCGAAGAGAUGCGCGGCGCAGGUUUCGAGCUUGACGAGGAGAUCCAUUAUGAUCUCAUAAGCUUGUGCGGCUUCGCCCAAGACUGGAAGAAAUCGCUUGAGCUUUUGCAACAGCUCCGAGAUACUGGCAUUGUACCCAAGGGGAAUUCCUACUGCAGCGUUGUGAGAGUCUGUUGCCGGUGCAAGCAGUACCCCACGGUGCUGAAGUUGCUGACGGAGAUGGAAGCAUACGGCCUAGACCACUACCAAGUUGCGCAGAAGCUGAGGGUAGAGUUUGCGCAGUGUUUGCCCACGCAGCCAUGGCAACAAUGGGAAAUCUGCCGCGCGAGUGACCGGCAGCCCCGGCUAGCAGCCGCAGGCUUCGGCAGAGGCUUCCGAGCCUGUGCCCUUUGCCUCCUUGCUCUCUGGGCCGUUGGAGUUCUCAGCAUGCGCUACGUCACGGGAGCUCAUGCCAUAGUGCAGCUCCUCGCUGGCGCAGCCUCCGGAAUUGGGGCCAGCAGUGCUUGGGCGAAGCUGGAGGAAGGUCCACUGGCAGACGCUAUGGUGGCAAGCCAGUGUUUCGCUGAUUCUACUCGCCGUUGCGUGAUUGCUCUUUACGGCUGCUGA